AGGACUGUUUCAUGGACGAGCUGAUUACACUUAAACUUACGGUGGUGUACGAAGGUGGCUGCAGAGCGAAAACCGUAUGUAAACAGUCAGGAAGAAAAAGGAGAAGGGGGGUAGACGAUCUAGUAGCUUGCUCAAGGUGUUGUGAUUUUCGCGAGGACUGCAACAGUCGUCUUUGUGGCAUAAAAGAUGACAUCAAUGAUUGCAAUCCGAAUCCUUGUCAAAAUGGUGCAAAUUGUACAGAUGGCAUCAAUUCGUAACACGUGCAUGUGUAUCCCUGGCUUUACAGGAAGUAAUUGUCAGACAAACAUCAAUGAAUGCAAUCCGAAUCCUUGUCAAAAUGGUGCUAAAUGUGUCGAUGAAAACAACUCAUACACGUGUGUAUGCAGUCCUGGUUUUACAGGAAAUACGUGUCAAAUAAACAUAAAUAAAUGUUCUCCAAAUCCUUGCCAAAACGGUGCCAAAUGUAUGGAUGGCGUCAAUUCAUUCACGUGCCUGUGUAACCCUGGCUUUACAGGAAAUACUUGCCAGGCAAACAUCAACGAGUGUAUUCCAAACCCUUGCCAUAACGGAGCAUCGUGUAUAGAUGGCAUCAACUCAUACACAUGUACGUGUAAUCCUGGCUUUACUGGAAAUACGUGUGAAACAAACAUUAAUGAUUGCAGUUCGAGCCCUUGUCAUAACGGAGCAACGUGUAUUGAUGGCAUUAAUUCAUACACAUGUGUGUGUAAUCCUGGCUUUACCGGAAUUACAUGUGGAACAAACGUGGACGAUUGCAAUCCAAAUCCUUGUCAUAAUGGGGCGACUUGUAUAGAUGGAAUCAACAGUUAUACAUGCAACUGUAUGCCCGGCUACAGUGGACAUGAUUGCGAAACAGAUGUAGACAAUUGCAUAUCAAAUCCCUGUUGUAAUGGGGCUACAUGUGUUAAUGGAAUAAACAACUUCACAUGCAUGUGCAACCCUGGCUUCACUGGACGUGACUGCAAAAACGUUGAUGUCGAGGUCAAUAUGACAGUUCUUGUACACACUGCGAUAGUUCUUAACUGUAGCAGCCACAACAACAGUAGUUCUAACAGAUUUUCCUGGAGGAAAGUAAAAAGUUGUCAUGGACCAUUUGUCAAUUUUACAGGUGCCGUGCUGUAUCUAACAUCAAAGGCUACAACAGGGGAUUCUGGGACAUACGUAUGUGAGGUACAUAACAAUUUGGGACAAAACAUGUCUAAAACUUUCAACGUACAUGUUUCAUCGUCCAAAACUGAAGACAUUUGCACGUUUGAUGACGACAGCUUGUGUGACUGGGAGCAAGCCCGGGAUGACAAAUUUGACUGGACAUUUCAGACAGGACCUACACAGUCAGGGACACAGGCCCUGAUGAUGACCACACCCUAG